CUUUAUGCAUUUGUCAUGCGCAUUUUACGGCGCGAAUUUUGAUUCAAAAUGGCGGAAAAAGGUUGUUUGAGCUGAUAAAAGUCAGAAUCUGUCUACUUAUGUCAAGAUGAUUCGUGCAUUUUGCACGAUUUGCCAGGAUUUGAUUUUAACAGGGCAUGAAGCUAGCACGGGGCAGUGUGGUCAUGUGUUCCAUCAGACAUGCCUUUCCUCCUGGCUCAAUAGGAACAAGACAUGUCCAAAGUGCAGACAUAAAGUAACCAAAGCUAUUACACUCUUUAUGGAUGAGCCUAAUGACAGUGAUAUUCAGUCAUCAUCUGUUGAUACAUCAGUACUUAUGGAUCAGCUUGAGCAACAAAGAUCUAUGAAUAAGGAAAAGGAGCGUCAAAAGGAGUACCUUUCUUCAGAGAUCAAGAGACUCGAAGAGAAAAUGGAAGACUACAAAGAAAAAUGUAACUCAUCAGAGAAGAAACUCAACAAUGCACUUGCAGUCAGCACCUCUCUUAGGAAACAAAUGGCAUACCUAAAGCAACAGGAAGGAGAGUGUGCCCAGGCUAAACAAGAGGCGAUUACAUGCAGACAGGAGCUGAACAAGUUCAAAAGAUUAAAGCAUCUGGUCGAAGGCACACGCCAUGAUGCUGAAGACAUGUUGAAUAGGAUCGGAGAUGGCAUGGAGGGCAGUCGCUCGGUACAAGAACUUGUCACUCAGUUAGUCAUUCUAAAAAGAGAGCUGGAGAAGAUCAAAGAAAGUCGGAACCGUGCACGAGAUCACAAAGAGAUGCAAGAGCGUGAGAUCACCAGACUCAGAAAUGAGCUGUCCACAAAGGAAGUUGAGAUCAAGCGUGUCACCGAUCAAUUGUGCAUGGCUGAGAGUGAUCUCACGAGAGUCGAGAAGGAAAGCGCAAGUCUAAAGAAAAAGCUGAGCAAACUAGAGCAAGCGUUCAACUCGCCGAGUCCCCGAAGCAGCGCCAUAACCCGACUCAUGAGGGAAAGUCCGGCUCCCAUGGAGUUCAAGAGACCUCGCCUAACCCCCCCUGAGGAAUAUGAUGAGAACCAGCCGUUGGCGUCGAACCAGCCUUCGUCCGGGGGAGUUAAGAUGGACCCAGAAUUGGAAAAUGCCGCCAAAGAAAUGGGACUCACCUUAGUCAAGACAACGUCUUUUUCCACCAAGCCCGCGGUGAAAAAACUAUCCAACCCUCUCCUCCCCCAAGCGCGCAAACGGCCCCUAGGGGAGAGGGAAACGGGCUCUUCAUCUGCCUUUAGAACCGGAUAUGACGGGCUAGGUGGUCACUCCACCAAGUUUGUGAAACCCAACAAACCUGUCAAGCAAGCGAAGGUGGCCCGCCCGAAUACCCUAUCCAGAUUUGUCAAGACGACAAAGGAUGGCAAAGAACCCCCUUUACCCGUGAUGACGCUGGAUUUUACAUAAAAACAGGGCGAGCGUGUUGUAGGCUUGUUUCGUCCAGUUACAGACAAGGCAAGAAGCACCCUGUCCUCAUACCCCUCCCUGCUCUAACGCUAGAUUCUGCAAAACGCAAAACCUACCGAACAAGUGAUGCGCCAAAUAUAGUCUCAACAAAGAGCCUCUCUCGAACCUCUCCCCAUUAUCAAGCUUGAACGAGCAUUCAUUCAAGGCUUAGAGCGAUGUCCGAUCCAUAUAGUCUAACUGCAGACAGGGGAAAAUUCUCCCUUUCUGUUAUAACACUUGAUGUGCGUAACACUAAGCCUACCAAUACAAACCUUAGCUUUUACAACCGGGAGAAAAAGCUGGGAUUCGAUGGCUUCCAAUGGUGUAUUAUUGAAAUAAUAUUUGAUAUAUUUAUUUGC